GACCCGGCUGAAGAGGCCCUGAUUGGUUCCUUUGAGCACGGGAAGUUUGCCGGCGUGCUGCCGGCCGUCGCUCACAUUUAUCUCCCCGCCGGUCCGCUCCUCUUAACCUUCCCGCUUCUGCGCAACUCGACCCGGACAAAGCUGUUAAGCCGCCCCCCCCCCCCCCCGUGUGUCUAUUUGGCCCCUCAGAACAGCAUGUCUGAUUACGACGGGAUGCAGUCAAAUGGAGUCGGCGCUGGGGUGAAGACGGACGCUUUUGCUGAUGCUGUACAAAGAGCCAGACAGAUUGCUGCUAAAAUCGGAGGAGAAGUUCCCCCAGUGACAAACAACGGCGCUGAGAGUUACUCGUUCACCGCACAGAAACGGUCCCUGGAGGAAGCAGAUGAGCCGGAUGCCAAGAAGGUAGCAUCUCUGAGUGAAAUGGACUCAUCAAUGUCUAUUGAAGCCCAGCUAGCUGCUCUGUCCCAGCAAAGCGUCAGGCCCUCCACCAUGACGGAGGAGUACCGGGUGCCGGACGCCAUGGUCGGUCUCAUCAUCGGCAGAGGCGGCGAACAGAUCAACAAAAUCCAACACGACUCCGGCUGUAAAGUCCAGAUUGCUCACGACAGCGCCGGCCUCCCAGAAAGAAGCGUGUCCCUCACAGGGUCGCCGGAUGCCAUCCAGAGAGCCAAGGAUCUCAUCGAUGACAUUGUGUCCAGGGGUCACGAGACGACCAACGGCCAGUCUGGUUCUAUGCAAGAGAUGAUCAUCCCUGCAGGCAAGGCCGGCCUCAUCAUCGGCAAAGGAGGAGAGACCAUCAAACAGCUGCAGGAGCGAGCUGGAGUUAAAAUGAUUCUUAUUCAGGACGGAUCCCAGCCUCCCAACAUAGACAAGCCCCUGCGGAUCAUCGGGGACCCCUACAAAGUGCAGCAAGCUAAGGACAUGGUAAAUGAGAUCUUACGAGAGAGGGAUCAUGCUGGCUUUGGAGAGAGAAACGAUUUUGGGUCCAGGAUGGGAGGUGGUGGUGGUGGUGGUAUUGAAAUCCCAGUCCCCCGACAGUCUGUGGGGGUUGUGAUUGGUCGAAAUGGGGAGAUGAUAAAGAAGAUCCAGAGUGAUGCUGGCGUGAAGAUACAGUUUAAACCUGAUGAUGGGACGGGUCCGGAGAAGAUCGCCCACAUCAUGGGUCCCCCGGACCAAUGUCAGCACGCGGCCUCCAUCAUCACCGACCUGCUGCAGAGCAUCCGGGCCCGAGAGGAGGGCGGCCAAGGGGGCCCUCCGGGUCCCGGAGGGAUGCCGCCCGGAGGCCGGGGGUGGGGCAGAGCUCAGGGCAACUGGGGUCCCCCGGGAGGAGAGGUGACCUUCUCCAUCCCCGCCCACAAGUGCGGGCUGGUCAUCGGGCGGGGAGGAGAGAACGUGAAGGCCAUCAACCAGCAAACCGGGGCGUUCGUGGAGAUAUCCCGCCAGCCGCCCCCCAACGGGGACCCCAACUUUAAGCUGUUCACCAUCAGAGGGUCCCCCGAUCAGAUCGACCACGCAAAGCAGCUCAUAGAGGAGAAGAUCGAGGGUCCAUUGUGUCCAGUGGAUGGUCCUGGAGGCCCCGGUGGCCCCAUGGGGCCCUAUAAUCCUGCUCCUUAUAACGCAGGACCCCCCGGUGGAGCUCCCCAUGGAGCGGCUCCUGGGGGUCCUCAGUACUGUCCUCAGGGCUGGGGGGGCAACUACCAGCAGUGGCAGGGCCCGAACCAGCACGACCCCAAUAAGGCACCGGCAGACCCAAACGCGGCGUGGGCAGCCUACUACGCGCAGUACUACGGCCAGCAGCCAGGGGGCGCCAUGGCAACCCAGCCCUCCGGGGCCCCCGCUCCAGCACCACCGGGAGACCAGCCCCAGGUUUCCCAGACUGCUGGCGGUCAGCCGGACUACACAAAGGCCUGGGAGGAAUACUAUAAGAAGAUGGGCAUGACUCAGCCAUCUGGAGGGGCGGCCCCGGCUCCGGGCCCAGCAGCGAACAGCUCGACGGGUGCCGGAGGGGGGGGGGCGGCGGGGGGGCAGCAGGACUACAGCGCGGCCUGGGCCGAGUACUACAGGCAGCAGGCCGCCUACUACGGGCAGGCGGGGCAGGCCCCCGGACCGGGGGGGGCCCCCCCCCCCAGGACAGCAGCCCCAGUAAAGAAACACCAUUGUCUGGAGAUGGCGCCCAGCUCGAAAUCUGAAAAGGACGAUGGCAAACACAAAAACCACAGAAAGCACAAAGACCAUGUCGUGAAGCUUCUUAUGCGUGGAAGGCUGUCAGGACAGUUUUCCCAGCGCCUGUUCCGGAAGCUCCCUCCCCGGGUGUGUGUCCCUUUAAAGAACAUCGUCAGCGAGGAGUUCCUGAGAGCAGGGCAUAUCUUCCUGGGCUUCACAAAGUGUGGCCGCUACGUCCUGUCUUACACCAGUGACUGUGGGGAGGAUGAUGAUUUCUCUUUUUAUACUUAUCACCUCUAUUGGUGGGAGUUCAACCUGCACAGCAGACUCAAACAGGUCCAUCAUGUGCGACUGUUUGCGGGAGAGGAAAUCUACAGUGACCUGUACCUCACUGUGUGCGAGUGGCCGAAUGACCACUCUAAAAUUGUCAUUUUUGGCUUCAACACACGCAGUUCCAGCUCUGUGCUGAUGAACCUGAUGAUGAGUGACGAGAACAACAGAGACAUUUACAUAACCAUAGCCUCCAUGCCUCCUCCAAAGCCUUGCUCCCACUGCUGCCCCGUGCCCUCCGCCUCCACCAUUCGCACAGGAAGCGGUGAGUGUCUGGAACACGGAUAUGUGCUGAACAGCAGGUACCAGGUGGUGUACCCGUUCCCCACGUUUCAGCCGGCCUUCCAGCUGAAGAAGGACCAGGUCAUCCUGCUGAACACCAGCUACUCCCUGGUGGCCUGCGGCAUCUCGCUCUGCCCCGGGAAGCAGGGCCAGUCGUCACAGAUCCUCUACACAAAGCGAGCGGCCCUUUCCGCUCAGGCCUCCACCUCCUCGCCCUCCUCCACCUCCUCCUCUUUACCCCACGGCUCCCCGGAUAAUCGGCCGCAGCCCGUUUUCCGGGCCUCUCCCCUUCCCUCGUCCCCGAGCCAUUCCCAGGCGGCCAUGCGAGCUCGGGAGUUUGCUGCCGACCUCUUUAGGCGAGCGCAAGGAGGAGGAGGAGGAGGAGGAGGAGGAGAGAGAACAGCCGAUGGAGGAGAAAGAACAGCCGAAGGUGGAGAAAGAGAGGUUGUGAAUCCUCCGGAGGAUAAAGGGACGACAGCAGACGCUUUCAGGGAUAUGGAGGAGGGACAGACCGGUUCAUCUCCAGCCUCCACGUCACACCAAAGCCUCGUCCCUCCAGAGGGAUCUGAACCGGCCAUGUCCCCGGACUCCUCCUCCUCCCCCUCCUCCCCUCCGUCAGCCUCCUCCUCCCUGUCCUCCAGCGAGGACCCCAGUCCCAGCGAGCCGGGAUACGUCAACUACUCCUGCCUGCACUACCGCCUGCAGCAGCCGGGGGCAGCAGAGCAGAGCUCAGCAGGCUACGAGGAUGAUAAAGUCCAGCUUCCGUUCACAGUCACAGACCUGAAAGGCCAAAACCUGCAGCUGGUCACGGAGCCGCACGACGGACAGAGUGUGUGUGUGGAACAGCUGACUCUGGACUUUGAGUAUCUGAUAAAUGAGGUGAUCAGGAGUGAUGCUGCCUGGGCUCCACAGUUCUGCUCCUUCAGUGAUUAUGAUGUCGUGAUUCUGGAGGUGUGUCCGGACACCAACACGGUGAUGAUCAACAUCGGCCUGCUGCUGCUGGCCUUCUCCAACUCGGACGAGGAGCACUGCAGGCCCAACACCUACCACUCCAACCUGCAGGUGAGCUGGGACCUGAACUCGGGCGUGUGCUGCACCGUGGGCGUGGGGGACCUCACCGAGGUCAAAGGUCAGACCAGCGGCAGCGUGUGGAGCUCCUACAGGAAGUCGUGCGUGAACACGGUGAUGAAGUGGCUCGUCCCCGAGAGCAGCUCCCGCUACAUCAACCGCAUGACCAACGAGGCCCUGCACAAAGGUUCGUCUCUCCAGGUUCUGGCCGACACCGACCGCUGCACCUGGAUCGUGUUGUGAGGGAGACCCCCCC